UAGGGCUAAACAGUCAUUUCCCAGUUACAUAGAAGUAAUCUCAGUCCUUCUUUCUUUUGAUCCCAAACCGAUCUUCAUGUCAGCGUGCAUGAACGUCGUUGGCCCACGCGUUCACACCAUCGGUACGAUCUGGGCCGUUCAUUUCACAUCGAGAUCCGCCAUGUCUCAUCUCAGCCUGACUUACCAAACCUGACAGGAAAGCCUGUUAACACAAAACUCAACUGCUUCUUCAAUCCAGCGAGCUAAAAGCUGAGAUCAGAUCACUCCUUACUCGAAAUACAAGCACAAAAUGGCAGGCUCCACUGGACAUGAUUAUGUAGAUAGUGAUGGUGGCUCUGAUAAUGAAUCUUUUGGAAACUUCGAUGAUCACGAGACCUCAGAAGAUGGCUUGUUGCAGUGUUAUGAUUCACAGAGUGUUGUACAGGAUGACUUGAAUUUGAUGAUACCAUCAGUGGAAGGUUUUACAGCUGAAAGCUCAGGGAGUAUAGAACCUUAUGCAGGAAUGACUUUUCGAUCAUUAGACGAUGCAAGAGAUUUCUAUUAUGAAUAUGCGAAGAAUACAGGUUUCACCAUUCGAACAAAUCGAAUCCGACACUCAUUAAAGAACAUGGCUAUUAUUGGUCGGGACUUUGUUUGUUCCAGAGAAGGUUUUCGUGCUGCAAAACAUACACUUAGGAAAGACAGAAUUCUUCCUCCACGACCAGUUACGAGAGAAGGGUGUAAAGCGAUGAUAAGGUUGGCAGCUAGAGAUGGAGGUAAAUGGAUUGUUACUAAGUUUGUUCGGGAGCACAACCAUAAACUGAUGACUCAUUGUAAAUUUCCUGGGGAGCUGCCAAUUGUGAAUAUACUCAGUGAGGAAGAGAAAGAUAAAAAAAUCCAGGAUCUAUACAAUGAACUUCAGCAUGAAAGAGAGCGGUCUGCGGCAGUCCAACAACAGCUAUGCAUGAUUCUCAAAGAGCUUGAAGAACAUGCUGAGUUUAUGUCUAUAAGAGUUGAGGACAUUGUCAACAAGUUGAAAGAAAUUGAACUUGACGAUCUUUAGCUUCUCAACCAGAGAAAGAAGAGUACAAUAUUUUCUAUGGAAUAGGUAAUUCAAUCUUAAUCUGACCAUCGGAUUAGAGCAUCAGAUUCACCAUGUUUAUCAUCUGGCCUUUAUGACGUGAAUACUUAUCAGAGAAACACCACAAAAAAAUAAAAUAGUAAGUAUCGUAGUGUUCCUUCUGGUGUUUCCCCACUCAGCAGAAUUCAGUUCAUAUCCAAGCUGAUGAAUAUGAUUAUUUUAACAUUUUACUUCCUGAAAUUGUAAUGUUGAGUUUCUUUCAAUCUGACUCUUCAACUGGGGCACUCUAGCUGGGGAGAUGGGCACGCUUAGAAAGUCACAUGUGCAGUUGUUCCUGUAAGCUGAUUUCUCCGAAGGAGGUUUAAUAAAAGGAGUUAUAUUUGUUCCUUUUGGUAACUGUUGGAGCCUUUUCUCUUUUGGCAAUAUAUUGACUCAAGCAGGGAUUCUGCAUUGAUGUUCAAAAGGAUUAAGAUGUCCACAAACUCCAUUUUGGGAUACAUUUGCUGCCCUGUUUGAUCUCCACAAGGUACCUGCAAAAUGUCAGUUAGUUUUUCGAAUACAUACCUCGUCUGUAAGACGACUUUCAUAAGGAUUUCUUAAUUAUUGCAACCUAUUCAUUUUCUGGGUUCGUAUUUUCAGAUACAGAUUGAACAAUGGUUAGAAUGCAGGAAUGAAUUACAUUGUUAAGAAUUGUUAGGUGUUAACUGUCUAGUGCGAACCUUGCACUCACCAAAUAAGGAUUUGUACUAUAUUCAGUUUGAGCAAUGUUACAUGCACCAGUUUUGAAUAUCUAAA